UCUAAUCAUGCAAGUAAAUCCCAACCACAAGUUUCGCCAAGUGUUUGGUUUGAAUAAAAAUGACAAUUCCUAUAAAUGGAAACUACGGAUGCAUUAAUUCAGAAAGACAAACUUGCCAACAAAUAAAAGUAAGGAGAAAAGGAAAAAACAAUGGGGAAGAAGCUUGUUGCAUUGUUUGUCGUGUGUAUUGUGGUAGCAGCAGCUAUGCAGCUGUCCGCAGAUGCUGCUGCUACAGAGGAGCAGUUCAGAUCAUGCUUCAAUAACUGCAAGAAAGAAUGCCAAGCUGAUGGUGGCGGUGGCACUUAUUGUGAGAUGAAGUGUGACACCGAUUGCUUAGCUAAGGAGGCUGCCGCCAAGUUGGGCAUAAGCUUGGGUUGAUGUUGUGAAGCCAACAAGACAAGCAUGCAGUUCUCCUCUAGGGAUUGAGGAAGAGAAGUACAAUUAAAAAAGAAACAGAUGAGAAUGUAAUAAAAUGACCACAUUAUUUAUGUCAACUGUAGAAUCUAAUGUUUUGUAAUUUGGUCUUAUUAAACUAACAAAAAUCUUUAUUUAGUUUUGGAACCCAUUUAAUGUAUCAUUACUAUAAUCAAUUAUGUACAAUAUUUAUGUCUU